AAGAAGAAGUACCGAGUCAAUCGGGAUUAAACCUCGGUUUGUUUACUUGCGCCGGUUGUAGAUAUUUUCUCCGGUUUUGUGUCUAUUUUAGCUCAUUAAUUUAUUUUUUUUUAAAUAUAAGCUUCUGACCGGCAUAAGAAUAAAUUCGGUUAAAUUUCGGUUUUGGAAAUGAGCUAGGUUGCUAAUUAGGCGCGAAGUUGUAGUUCUAGUUAAAGUGAAUUGUGGGCUAUGCUAACGACCGCUGGCUGCACGUGCAAGUCAAGUCAAGUCAAGUAGCUCAUUAUUAAAAACUAAAACCGGAUGAAAACAGAGCAUGGUGACUAAAAUAUUUCAUAUCAAUUCGCUUUAGUGACUGGUAAUUAAAGCAUUUUGUAGCUUGUACUAUACACUUUUGAUACAAAACGUUCUAUCCUGUCUUAUGGUUGGGCAAGAGCACCCUAAGGGGUGGCACCUCCUCGUUUUGUAGAAGGAAAAGUUGCAUUGUGUUUUAACAGCAAAAGAGUUCAGUUAAAGAAUUCAGCAUGGCCUCCCAUGGGAAUCAGUGCUCCUGCAGCGAUCACGGCUCAACCCCAAGCGUCCAUCAAACUCUAGAUGAGAUGGACUAUGAGAGAGGCAUAUGGUCGGCAGCUCUGGGUGGCGAUUUGGAGAGGGUCCGUUCAUUUUUGAAAAAAGGAGCGGAUCCGAAUAUGAAGGACCAGGCUGGAUACACCGCUUUGCACUACGCCAGUCGAGCAGCUCACCAGCCGGUGUGUGAGUUGCUCCUGGAUCAUGGCGCCUGUGCCAAUUCUCAGACACACGGUGGCGCCACCGCUCUGCACAGAGCCGCCUACUGUGGCCACAUCAACAUCGUCCAACUGCUGCUGAAACACGGAGCUGAUCCUGGCUUAACGGAUGAUGAUGGAUCAACAUCUCUGCAUAAGGCUGCUGAGCAGGGCCAUCUGGAGACAUGUGUGUUGUUAGUGAGCAGAUAUCCCAUCCUGAGAACCGUAAAGGAUAAAAAAUCACGCUUACCUGUAGAUCUCAGUCCAGACCACAACACCUUCUUAGAGUUACUGAAGCCUCCUCAAUGAU